GAAGUGUAUGAGAAAUCUCGUUGUCACAAGUUUUGAUAAGAUAUAAGGAACAUUGGACUAGCUAAUCUUGUUAAUCUCUUGGAUUUUGACAAGAAUCUCAGGAAAAUGAAUGUAAAUAUUGUUAACAGUUUGAAAAACUCUCUAUGGUGCGUUUCAAGGAACAAACUAGUCGACUUGCCAAGAACUCAGCCUAUACAGCUUUUCCUGAGAAAGUCUUCUGAUUCUCCUAAAGUCCCCAAAAAUGUUAUUGGUCACAUAUACUCCGCAUCUAGUCAAGUUGAGAAUGGUAAAGUGUAUGAUCGCAAGCCCUUCAAGAUCAGAUUAUACCCUAAGAAAGAUUAUAUGUGGUGUUUGUGCGGCUACAGUAAGUCCCAACCAAUCUGUGAUGGUUCGCACAAGUGGCCUCAAUAUAAGUGUGAGUUGAAACCAAUUAAGUUUAGAGUCGAGGAGGAAAAAGAUUAUUAUCUGUGUAAUUGCAAACAAACAAAGCUAAGACCAUUUUGUGAUGGCACUCACAAGGGACUGUAAUUCCCUUUCUUAUUUCAACCUGAUUAGCAAAGUAAUACCAUGAGCUUAGAUAGAAUAACUGAAGUAUCUACAGUAUGUGUAUGACUUUUGCAUUCUGAAUGAACUCAGCAGCAGUUUCUGCUUAAAUUUAUCAUACACUGAAAAUUUGCGCUAGAGACUCUUUUUCCAGUUUUAUAUUGUUGCAUUUUCUUUGUUCAUGUUUUGGAGCACUUGUUUUUGAAAAGUUCAAUAAGAUUAUUUACUUUUAAAAGACAA